AAAUUAAAAAAGAAGCGCGCAGCUCUCCGAACAUCAGUAACGAAAUCGCUUAAAGAUUUGGAAUCGCAGCUUUCGGAAAUUGAUCCGAAAAUUCAUGAUUUGGAAGAAAAUUUAGAAAUAUUAAAGAAUAAUUUCGAAUCGCUUAAAAGUGUCGAUACAGAAUUAGAACCUCUUUUUAAAGUCGAAGAAUUUGAUGCUGAAUUCCAAAAAUCUGAAGAAUAUCGUCAAAAGGUCGUUAAAUGCAGUUUCCGUACCUCCAAAAGAAUCGACGAAUUAAAACGCAAAUCUACUGAAACGGUAGUAAAUAACCAGUUCAGUACUGAUAGUCAAAGCGAACCAAAACAUAACGAGUCUGUUCGAAUUAAAUUACCUAAGUUAACUUUAACGAAAUUCUACGGAGAUAUAAACAACUGGCUAACCUUUUGGAACAGUUUCGAGUCUGCCAUUCAUAAAAAUGAUUCAUUAGAUAAAAUAGACAAAUUUAAUUAUUUGAAAGCUCAUUUAGGUGGUUCUGCUUUAAAUACAGUCGAAGGAUUACCGAUUACUGCUGCUAAUUACGAUUCCGCAAUUGAUCUUCUAAAAGAAAGAUUUGCGAAAACAGAUGUGCUCAUUUACACUCACAUAAAUAACAUUUUGAACACUAAACCGUUGAAAAUCUCGAAUGAUGUUCGCGCCCUUUAG